GUUUCAGAUUGCUGAAAUGUCAGGCCGAAGACGCAAUAGGCAGAAAAGUAGCGAAAAUACUACAAAUCAGAUCAAAGCAAAAUUGAGUAAAGCAAAUAAUUCUCACGAAGAAAUCGAGUUACACGACCAGAGAUUCAGGGCUCGGCUCGAGGAAUUCAAAACUCCGAUGGAAGAAGGAGCUUUUAGACAUCGAUUGGAUCCCGAAAAUCCUUCGCCUCAAGAAGAAAAAGAGUUCACAUUUCUACGAAAUCAAACAAGCGGACCACAACGGCGAAUGUACCUCAGUGCUCGGAACUUCAUUUUAGCAGAAUGGGUCAAAAAUUGCAAAACGCAGUUAACAUAUAGCGAUGCGGCCGCUGCACUAUUUAACAAAGGCCUAGCAUAUACCAAAGAACAAACCAAUGUUAGCUGUAAAGCGUUCGGAUUUUUGGAACGUAACGGGUACAUCAAUUCUGGUAAAUUUGAAAUCACCCAUCCAAAACCGCAAACGAACAAGAAAGUCGUGGUUAUAGGUGCCGGGAUUUCAGGCCUGUCUUGUGCUCGUCAGUUGUCGUUUCUCGGUUUCGAUGUUACAGUUCUAGAAGCGAGAGAUCGCGUUGGCGGAAGGAUAGAGACUUUCCAAAAGGGAAGCUAUGUUGCUGAUUUAGGUGCAAUGAUUAUUACAGGGCUUGGUGGUAACCCUUUUUCUAUUUUGGCUCGUCAAUUCAACAUUCCGUAUCGAAAGAUAAAUAAUGAGUGCAAAUUGUAUGAUAAUUUAGGAAAAGAAAUUGCCGAGGGUAAAGAUCAAGUGAUAGAACAAGAAUUUAAUCGGCUCUUAGAAGCUGCGAAGUAUGCUGCACAUCAACUUGGUUUCACGGAAACUAUUCCGGGUAGACCUGUAUCAUUGGGUCAAACAAUUGAGUUAAUCAUCAUGCACCAGGAACAAAUGUUGUUGAAAAAGUCUGAGAGAUUCUACCAAACUUUGACGAAUUUGCAAAGACAAAUCAGAGACCGAGCUAAAGAAGCGUCGACACUUUACCACAACAUUGACUACGAGAAAUCAGUGGUCAGGAAAUUUGACGGGAAGCAAGAUCGCUCAGUUAAAGAAGAAUUUCAGUUUAGAUCUGCUGUUUAUAACGUUGAAGACUUGACUAAGCGAUACGAAUCUGCGAUUCAGGAAGUCAAAAUUUUACAGGAGAAGUUUGACAGUAUGAAAAAUGACGUACCACUGGAUACCUACAUGAGUUCGGAAGACCGGCAAGUUUUAGACUGGCAUGCUGCUAAUCUGGAGUUCGCAAACAGCACACCUUUGAAUACGCUUUCGUUGAGUCAUUGGGACCAAGACGACGUGAAUGAGUUUGCCGGUGAUCAUUACUCGGUAGAAUCGGGACUCGGAGUUAUCCCGGAAGCCCUUGCAGAAGGCGUGGACAUAAAAUUCAACACAGCAGUGUCUAGUAUAGACUAUAGCACCUCAAUAGUAAUGGUAAACACGAAAAACGUAGAAGGACUACCCAUAUCCAAACGGGCGUCAUCAAGUGAUAUGUCUUCAGGCCUUUCCUCUAACGAAGGCAAUGGAAGUCAAGUGUUCAAUGCUGACGCGGUAGUAGUGUCUGUACCUCUGGGUGUCUUAAAAGAGGAACCAGUAGUGCUUAAUUUCAAACCGGAACUUCCGGAGUGGAAAACGGCAGCGAUUGAUAGACUUGGCUUUGGCAACUUAAUGAAGGUUGUCCUGUGUUUUGAGAAGAGGUUUUGGGAUACUUCGACUAACAUGUUUGGAUUCGUGAACACGACCUACUCAUCCAGAGGAGAGUGCUAUUUGUUCAACAGCCUGUGGAGUGCACCUGUACUCAUAUCUCUGAUUGCAGGUGAAUCGAAUGCAAUAAUGGACGAGCUAGACGACAGCACAAUUGUUGAAAGAUGCUUAGAACGACUUCGUACCAUCUAUCCCGACAUGAGCAGACUGAAGGAGAAAGUAGUCACGCGAUGGAAGGACGACAAAUACUGCUUAGGUGCAUACUCCUAUGUUGCAAUAGGAGCCACAGGCGAAGACUAUGACCUUCUGUCGAAGCCAGUGUCUGGAUUGAGAUCGGGGAAGAAUAACCUGUUCUUUGCAGGGGAGCACACAAUGAGGAACUACCCUGCAUCUGCUCAUGGCGCGUAUUUGAGUGGGCUCAACUCAGCUGCACAAGUAGCAGAUCAGUUGAUUGGAAGUGUGAGCUCAAGUUAUGCUUCAGAAAAAUAACAAACUUUGACUGAACUGAUUGCUUUGAAAUAGUCGAAAGGUGAUACCUAACUGAUGCUGUUUUUGAUUACCGCUUUUGAGUUUCUUAU